UACACACAACCCACCGACUUUUGUCCGUCAACAACACGGGGGGCUGGAGGCCACACUAUCAGAUCCGUUAACAGCAGUCGACUCUCGAGACGCACCCGCUAUCAACGUCUCUCUCCUCCCUAUAAUUGUCACAAUCAAAAAACCGCCGAUUAAAAAAAUAUACGUUCAUUCUUAUUUAUUUUCUUUACGCCCUAGUUCAUUUUUUUGUGCAAUUAAAUUAUUAAACAAAUUAAGAUAAUAAAAAAUAAUUAUUACUGUUGUUAUUAUUAUCAUUAUUAUUAUUAAUUUAAUAUGAUCGCGAGUACACGCGAAAUCUGUGUGGUGGGAGAGACAACUUAGGUGUUUUAACGAUUGUUAUGAGAACGAUACUGUCAAUAUUGUAUCGACAGACAAGAAAAGAACAGUUGUGUGAGUUUAAAAAUUUUUUUUUUCGUGGUUGUGGCAUUUAAAUAUAUAUGAAUAUAAAUAUUAUUAUAUUUAUUUUUUAAAAUUAAUAUAAGUGUUAAAGUGUUUUAAGGAUUAUUGUUGAUAUUCUGUAUCAUUAUACACAACUUAUGUUGAUUUAUAUAAAUAUAUAUAUGGACAUUUAGUUUAUUUGGAUAAUGAUGAUGGAAAUUCAGCAACAACAUUCGCCGGUUGUCGUCGGACCACUGGAUUUUUCGCGACGCGGAGUUGCGGAGGCGUCGGCAUUUAGAGUUGUCAAACCUAAACAAUCUUCUUCGAUUGUUCAUCAACAGAAUAUUAUUCCUGAAAAUAAUAACAACAAUAAUAAUCAUACCAAUAACAACAAUAGUGAUAAUUUACAAGAUCAUUCGGCCGUUAAUGAAAGUGAGGAAUGUAAUGUCAGAUUAAUGUUUCCAAGGCUAUGGGCACCUUUUGGCACCUUAACGGCAACAACAAAUUUACCAUCUUUUGGCAGAAACCAUUCAGAAAGAUUAUCAUUUGGCGUGGGUCGUUUAGUAGGAUCACCAUCACCAAGAAGUCAAUCGUCAUUGCAUUCCCUGGGUCCAUCAUCACCGCGGCCAUCGCGGCAUCCCGAAAUCGAUGUCGAAGCUGAAGAAGACGAAGAGGAGGACGAAGAAGUGGACGUGGAUGUCGAAGAAGUGGGCGAUGAAGAUGAAAAUGAAAUCAAAGGUGGAUCAAGUGGAAGAGAUUUUUCAUCACGGUCCACUCAUUCAACCCCCUCGCCGUCAUUAACCCGCGGAUCAUCAUCGCCAUCAUCAACGAUUCGGCCUCCAAAAAGAUCUGGCGACACUUUUAGUGUCUCAGCACUUCUCAGGCCAGAUCCACCAACGAGCCAACGGAAUUCUUCACCAACUUCACAAACAGAUUCUUUAACAGUAACAACUGCUGCUAAUCGACAUCAACCUGGACCUACUACAGUGGCAGCGGUAACAGUAUCUGGAAUUGGUUUAUACCCAUCGUUACAUUUUCAAAGUGGAUUACUACCGCCUCAUCCGCAUCAUGCUCUGUCUUAUCUACAUCCACAACUAAUUUCUCAUCAUCUUUUACCACCGCAUUUACAUCCCCUUCUGAGAACAGUACAUCCGUCCCAUCCGGGACUACAUUCAGCUCACUCGACUCAUGGUCUUCAUCAUCCGCAUCCACUUGGUGAUGUUUACAGUUGUGUUAAAUGUGAUAAAAUGUUUAGUACACCUCACGGUCUUGAGGUACACGCAAGGAGAUCGCACAACGGUAAACGUCCAUUUGCGUGUGAAUUGUGUAAUAAAACGUUUGGCCACGAGAUAAGUUUAACUCAACACCGUGCAGUACAUUCUGCUGAAAAAGUGUUUGAAUGUAAACAAUGUGGCAAGUCAUUCAAAAGGUCAAGUACACUGAGUACACAUCUGCUUAUUCAUUCAGACACUCGGCCGUAUCCUUGUCAAUUUUGUGGCAAACGAUUUCACCAGAAGAGUGACAUGAAAAAGCACACCUACAUUCACACAGGAGAAAAGCCUCACAAAUGUCAAGUAUGCGGCAAAGCAUUUUCUCAAAGCAGCAAUCUGAUAACUCAUUCAAGAAAGCAUACAGGUUACAAACCAUUUGCUUGUGAGCUUUGCAAUCGCGCAUUUCAACGUAAAGUAGAUCUCAGAAGACAUCGGGAAACACAGCACGCCGAAUUAGGCACAUCUAACAUGCCAACAGUUUCACACCGAGUCUCAAUAGUCAAUAUCACUCAGAACAAUAUCGUUACGUCAAAUUCAUCGAUGAGUCAGUAAAUUUAUAUAUGAUAUAAUUAAAUAGAUAAUUAUCACUGUAUUAUAAAUCAUUGCAAUUAGUAAAUAAAAGAAUAAUAUUAAUAAUAAAUAUAAAUAUAAAUAUAAUAAACAAAUUAAAUGUCAUUAAAUUUUUAAAUUUUAUUGACAAGUGAUCUUUUUAAAAAUUAUAGAAAUAGUGUGAAACUUUAUGCUUUUUCCGAUAACCAAAGACUAAUUAUAUACUCCGAACUUUCUUAUCUUAUUAAUUAUGAUAAACAAAAGAGAAAGUAUAAGAGAUAAAAAAAUUAUAUUUAAAUUUAAGUAUCAAUAUUAAUUAAUUAAUUUUUAAAAAUUAAUAUUUAAGUCAAAAAUUUAUGUAAUUCAAUUUUAUUUUCUCAUUUUAUAAAUUGAGAUCAUUCUCGUACUGUAAAAUAUAACAUACUUAUAAAAUAACAUUUAAAAAAUAUAAAAUGUACUAGUGAAAGUGACGUCAGAAGAUAAAGGUGUAAAUAUUUGAUAUAUAUCUUAUAAAUUCAUUUAGUUCUAUAUAUGUAUAAAUAUAAUAAUAAUAAUAAUAAUAAUGACAUAUUCUGUACGCGGCAUUAAUGAUUAUUAAAUAUAUUAAAACUAUAAUUAAUAAAAUGCAAAUAUAUAUGUAUAAAUAACAAAUAUAAAUAAUUAUAAAUAUUAAAAAUAUAAAUAGUUAAUAUUAAAAAAGUAUUGCGAGAUAAAUAGAAAAAUUCCUUCCAGCUUUAAAUUUAUCUUUCCGCACCUAAUGAAUUAUCUCGCCUACUACAUUUAAAAAUUAAAAAAAAAAGUAAAAAUCUUAUUAUUGUUUUAUUAUUGAUGAUUAUAUAAUUAUUGUAAUGAUUAUUAUCUUCUUCGCUAUUAAUUAUUAAUUAAUACAUUUAUUAUUGUCAUCAUUGAUUAUUAUCAUUAUUAUUAACAA